CCAAAAUUCUGAUAAAGCUUUUUAAAGGUCAAAAAUUUAGAUAUUGUCCUGCAACCCAAAACCCACUAUAAAAUCUUAUGACGUAAACUUAAGCUGCAUACUUAGCAUAACCCGAUAUGCAGCCAAACUGUAGUAUUUCUAAGAUCUUUAGUGGGUCUUUGAAUGAACUGAAUGAUCAGACCACCUUAUAGACUGGCUGUAUAGUUAGCCAAGUAAGCAUCAACGAAACGGCCUGUAUAAAUUAGCAGUAACAUAGUUGUAUAUUUUGAAUAGUAGAUUGGCGAUUACAGCGAUGAUAUGGGGACAACAAAGUCGCUUAUCAACCAUUAUAAUUAAAUCAGAACGUAUAAGUUAUGAUCGGAAUCGUGCAUAAGGCGAGGGACUUAUCAACAGCAGCACCAACAUCAGCAGCGGCAGUAGCGGAGAGGCAACGCACAGCAGAGUCGUUUCAACUAUUUAACUCCAAUAUCAGUUUUACCGCAGCCGCUUUCACAAUACGCUCUUAACUAUUCGAUAGAGGCGUUUGGCUUGACAGAGCGGACCGAUUACCGUAGCGGACCCACCACUGGCACUGCCAGUAUGUGCGUGGCAGCGGAAGAGAGCGGACCGCGACCCAACUCAGACACAGUUUUCGGUGCCGCGUUGAAGUGCAUCAUCUCCGGACAUGGCCAUGGACUUUGAUGAGAUACUGGUUAAAUGCGGCGACAGUCAUCGCUACCAGUAUAUGCUAUUGGCUCUCUACGGACUAUUGAUGUUCAUCGUUUCCCGGCAAUAUUUUGCCCAGAGCGUCAUUAGCUUCGUGCCCGAUCAUUGGUGCUAUCACGAACAGCUGGUUAAUCGAAGCUAUGAACAGAUCGCUGCAGUAUACGCCCCAUUCAAGAGACCUUCGUGCACGCGUCUGGAAUGGAUCAAUGAGGAUGGUAGCAAUGCCACUGCCAGCAGUGAACCCUGUAAUCGUUGGAUCUACAACUAUGAUCAUGGAUUUCGGAGCAUGAACGCUGAUCUGAAUUGGGUCUGUGAUGAUGCGUACAAGGCGCGUGUGGGUCAGUCCCUGUUCUUUGUGGGCUCCAUGUGUGGCACUCUACUGUUUGGCUUACUCGGUGACAAAAUUGGACGAAUCAGGGCCGUGGUUUUGGCCAAUUGGUGCGGUUUUCUCGGGGACUCGGCCACUAUUUUUGCCCAGAGCCUAGUGACUUUCUCAGCCAGCCGGUUCGUAUCUGGCCUGGCUGCUGAGGCCAACGCCUACCUGAUGUAUAUUCUAGUGCUGGAGUACGUCUCGCCGACGAUGCGAAGUGUGGGCCUAAACCUGACGAUGUCUGUUUGGUAUUGCCUGGGCAUGAUAAGUGCAUCUUGGCAGGCUGUGUGGUUAGGCGGUUGGCGUUCCUUUAUGGCCUGGUCGGCCCUGCCCCAGCUGCUAGUCACUGGAUUCUAUUUUCUGGUCCAGGAGAGCGCACAGUGGUUGGUCACGCGUCAUGACAUAGAUGGCGCUGAGUUGAGGCUGCGCAGGGUGGCUAAGUUUAAUCGGCGUGAGGUCAGCGAGGCGGACUUUGAGCUCUUCCGUCAGCACUGCAAGACGAAGGAGUCGGAGGCCUGCAGCCAGAUCUCCAUGCAGAAGCAAGCACGUCUCAUCGAUGCCAUGAAGUUCCCACGCCUUCGCAUAAGACUGAUCUACGUGCUGGUUGUCUUUUCGAUAACGGUGCUCUGCUAUAAUACCAUGUCACGGAAUGUGGAAGGUCUGACCAUCUCGCCGUUUGUGAUGUUCACCCUUUUCGCCCUGACCUUGCCACCUUCGGGCAUCUUCCAGACCCAAGUCCAAAAGAACUUUGGCCGCAAGUUCACUUCCGUGAUUAGUAUGUCAGCCACGGGAGUGAUGACUGCAGCCACAGGGAUUUUGCUGACCUUCUGGACGCAACCCAGUGCCACGGUGAUGGUGUGCCUACUGCUGGUCUCCCGAUUCGGGAUCUCCGUGAUCACUGGGUCUACGAUGCAGAUAUCGGCUGAGCUAAUGCCCACCUGCGUGCGAUCGAGUGGUUUGGCGGUGAUUCAUGUCACAGGAGCAGCCUUCUCCUUCCUCUCGCCGUACAUACUGCAUUUGAAUACCUAUUUCCAGGCAGCAUCUUCAAUCAUACUCUGUAUGCUGCUUCUGUUAAGUGCCUGGAUUUGCCUGCUCCUGCCAGAGACGAGAAAUAAGAAGCUGCCCAUGUCCCUGGCGGAGGGCGAAGAGUUCGGCAAGGAUGAGCGUAUGUUUGACUUUUUGAGAAGUUUGGAAAAGAAGGAUCAACAUGAUCUUAGUGCUGGCACCAAUGAGAAACUUAUGGCGGAGUAAAAGUACUUACUAAGUAGAAGCUUAGCAGAUCUGUUUAGGUUUCCAGAAAAGCUGCUUUGUAUUUUUCAGAAAAAUGCAUUUAAAAACAUUCGUUAAACUGACCCAAUGAUUAAAACUAGAAUUUAUGCCUGUAUGAUUUCAAAUAUUGUAUAGAAUUUACAAACUUUUUGUUAAUGUUUACCUUUAAUAAUUUGUUUAUAGUUUUAAUGAAUGAAAUUAUGAUUUAACUUUAAUGACAUUCACUAAACAGUUAAGAUAUUCUUUAUCUAGAUCUGUAGACUAUUCAUAAAGAACAUUAUGAGCAUAAACUAGUGGAAUGUAUAAAGUACAAGAUGAUAAAACAGCUGACAAUAAGAAGGGCACGAAAGACUGCGGUAAUAACUAUUAUUGUCGGAGGCUUUGGAUAAGAAAAAAUCAGACAUCAUUAUAUGAUUUGUUUUUAGUACUUUAUGAACAUUAAUAUAGGUUUAAAUGAAAAAAAGGAAAUUAAUAAAUGUACAAAAGAUUUUUUAAAAGGUCUUCAACUU